AAUAGAACAAUGAGUCAUCAAGACUUUCGAAUUGAAUUGGGACAAAGGUGGGUGUACAAGCCCCGCCUAGGGGUGUGGGCAUGUGAGAUGUGACAUACUUGAGCUGGAUACAAACUGGAGCUGAUGGAAGGGCUCCAUCACUGUUCAUCACAUCUGUGGAGGAGACACUUUUGAUUUCAUUCCCAGGCUGUUCGGGCAGUCAGUCACAAGAUGACGCACCAGUUCCCAACACUCUCCGAGGCUCAGAAGAGGGAGCUCCAUGAAACUGCUCUACGCAUAGUUUCUCCAGGGAAGGGCAUUCUGGCUGCAGAUGAGUCUGUGGGCAGCAUGGCUAAGCGACUGGCCCAAGUUGGAGUGGAGAACACGGAGGAGAACCGGAGGCAGUAUCGUCAGAUCCUGUUUAGUGCAGAUGAUCGCAUCAAUAGCUGCAUCGGAGGGGUCAUCUUCUUCCAUGAGACGCUGUACCAGCACUCUGAUAAUGGUGUACCCUUUGUUAAAAUGAUCAGGGACAGAGGCAUCCUAGUUGGCAUUAAGGUUGAUAAAGGUGUUGUACCCCUGGCAGGAACGUGUGGAGAAACCACCACACAAGGUCUGGAUGGAUUGUCAGAGCGCUGUGCGCAGUAUAAAAAGGAUGGAGCUGUCUUUGCAAAGUGGCGCUGUGUGCUAAAAAUCAGUGAUUCCAAUCCAUCUAAACUUGCAAUCACAGAAAAUGCUAAUGUUCUUGCACGCUACUCAAGUAUCUGCCAGCAGCAUGGCAUUGUGCCCAUCAUAGAACCAGAGAUCUUGCCUGAUGGUGAUCAUGACCUGAAACGCUGCCAGUAUGUCACUGAGAAGGUCCUGGCUGCUGUGUACAAGGCCAUGUCAGACCAUCAUGUUUACCUGGAAGGUACUCUCGUCAAACCCAACAUGGUUACUCCUGGACACAGCUGCCCCACCAAAUAUAGCCCAGAGGAGGUUGCUAUGGCAACUGUCACUGCCCUGCGCCGCACUGUUCCCCCAGCUGUCACAGGAGUCACUUUCCUUUCGGGAGGUCAGAGUGAAGAGGAGGCCACCGUCCACCUCAAUGCCAUAAACAACUGCCCUCUGGCUAAACCCUGGAUCCUGAGCUUCUCUUUUGGCCGGGCCCUGCAGGCGUCUGCACUGAGAGCCUGGAGAGGACAUAAAGAGAAUGAGAAAGCCGCCACCGAGCAGUUCAUCAAGAGAGCAGAGGUCAACAGUAUGGCGUGUCAGGGGAAAUACACUGGUGGAGAUAACUAUGGUGAAGCUGGCCAUCGCGUCUACGGUUCCUGUCAUGCAUACUAGAGAGUAUAAAAUCAAGUUUUAUUUAGUAUUGUGUUGUUUAAUUCCAUAUUAAGAUAGAUCACAGAAAAACUGUACUUUAGAUAUGUAGUUUAAGUCAGAAAACUGGCACACACAAUGAUGUUGAAUGAAAACUACUGACAACAUGUUUUCUUGCCUUGAUAAAUAAGGACAAUCACAAUAAGGCCUUGGGUAUUUCUAAUGCAUGAACUAAAUGAGGAUGUUUGCUUUUACUAUGGAAUAAUGCCAUGAAAUAAGCUUCAAAAUAUCACAAUACUGACCUUCCAUGUGCUGGAAGUACACACAACAUAUUUAACUGCAAUACAAUUAAUUAAUUGUAGAAAUAGCUUUUUAAUGAAAUAUGCUGUUUUUCAACACCUUAUUAUAUGAUGGCCUACCAAGAUUGUGUGUAGCUUCUCUGUGUGUGACUGAAUGAAUUUGCAUAGUUUGUUAUUUAUUAAGUCAUGGACAUGCAGAAACAGCAAUAUUGCAUGGAAUUAGCUUCAGGCUAAUUUUCCUCUGCAGUCCUUGGGCAUGACAUAGCAUCAGCUCAAUGGUUACCACAACACUUGUGAUGUUAUUCUCUGUAGUACUUUGUGUAAAAUAGUCUGAUAAUUAUAAAUGACAAUGCAAUAAAACUAA